GCAGUACACUGAAAAAGGUGUGGCAGACAACCUGGCAUACUCAGCAUAAAAACUGAGACCAUCCUCUCCCCAGCCCACCAAACAGAGCACCACCCGAAACAAUCAGAUCCGGCCAUGGUAGGAGGAAAUCCAAGAUCCAAACCACAGCUACGAUUGGCUGUUAGGUUGAGACCUCGGCCGAUUCCGUGGAGGAUAGUUGUUAAGCAGAACUUGAUUUCUAAUGGACCGAUGUUAGCUCCAUUACCUCAAAGCUGCCCUACUCAGCCAAACUUCAACAAUAUCCCUACCCAGGGCAUAAAUCAAAACAUGGCGGAACAAUUUUCUAUCUUUCUUGAUUCGGCAAAAGAGAUGAUGGGCAAUCUGUUCGGACGACUUGACGGUGUGUGCACAAGCCUAAAGGAAUCAUCUGAAUCCAUGAAGCAGCUGACAGGCGUCAUUGCUGAAAGGGAGGAAGGUUCUAAAAAAAGACAUGAAGAAAGAAAGAGGAAGGACUUAGAUAUGUGUAUUGGGAUGAAAAAUGGAGAUGUCAUGUAUGUUGAUGAACCAUCUCAGUCGCAGACAGGCAAUUUGUUUGAUAAGCAAAAGAGGACGGUGAAGGAGAUGGGCUUUUGGUUGCAGAAUAGAGCCACAGUUGAAGAUCUAAAUGGACCAUGGAUACAAUUCCAAGACAACCCAAGGUUUACCAUAGAUGGUAAUUAUAUAAACAAGUUCGUGAAUACUGAAGUUGACGUUGAUCAGAAAAUGGCCUUUGCCAUCGCAAGGCUGCUGAAUAGAGGUCCAGGAAAGCAAGAAGCAGACUCUGGAUUUACAUGCCACUUCCUACUACAUGAUUGGGCAGCCAAGGCUCUACAUGAUAGUUCAACAACAGAAGAUUGCAUUCCUCUCUUUGACAGGCAUGGUUUGAAGAAAAGCAAACUUGUUAAGUGCAACAAGAUUGUCCCAUUUGUUCUUCUUGGUGGAAAAUGGUUGUCGGUCUCAAUAGACAUCCCUGGUAGGUCAACUACACUGAUACACCCAACAGCUGCACAAAGACCUGUUAAUGAAGUAGAGGAACAGUUCAAACCAAUGUGCCAUAGGCUGACGAAAUUUGCUCUAAGCAACAUUUCUGCGCUCACAAUGAAGAACAUCAAACACGAGCACUGGAGCUACAAUGUUGCGCUGAGGGAAGAACACACAUUCACCCCAAACAACGCUGGAGCGAUUGCCUUCUACUACAGUAUACCGAGGGAAAACCAAUUCAUGGCUGUUUCUGACGCACCGGUAACAAACGUCAAGAUGAAUUUUGUGCACGAACUUAUCAAGAUGUGCAGUAAAACUACAAACAAAACUGUAAAGAGGUGUGCCAUCAGGAACCCUCCAGCCCCUCCAGCCCCUCCAGCUCCGAAAGUGUUGAAGGCGGCCGAUCAAGGAGAUGGCAGAGCACUGAAACGACCUCGCAAGCAGAAGGAGAAGCUUGAAGAUGGUGACUGCAGCGAGUCUGGAUCGUGCAGCAAAAAUGAGUUUGACUAAUCUAGCUUGCUCCUUUUAUGUAAGAAGACAUGUUGGUCCUAGUUUGCACCUUAUCACUCUAGCAAGAAACUCCUUUUAUGUAAUAGUACCGUAUUAUCACUCCGUUCCUUUGUGCCAUCGACUUUAUGAAGCUUAAAUUACUAUUAUGACUGUUAUUAUUAUGGAUGAAGUAAUUUUUA